AUGGCAGCGAUGAUGGUGAAGAAAAUGCUGGGAGUGGCCCCAGCUGCGCCAAACCCCUCAAAAAGAAACCGGGAAACGGGCAGUGCAAGCCAACCAAGCGGCCGAAACCGGGGCGGCCCAUUGAAGGAAGAUGGCCACCACGCCCUGGACAUCAUAACCCAUAUCCUUGGCCUCCUGGAAGGUGGCCUGUCAUCAAGCCGGGAGCCUUUCCACCUGGCAAACGCCCCGGCACGGAUCGCCCGAACAAGGGUGGCUGUAAAACCAGAUGCCCUCGAGGACCACGGGGGCCAGCUGGCCCCAGAGGGCCUCCAGGUACUCCUGGAAAAGAUGGUACGACUGGCUCUAGGGGGGAUCGUGGAGAGAAAGGAGAUAAAGGAGAUAGUGGGCCUAAGGGUGACGAUGGAGAACAAGGUCCUACGGGAGUACCAGGACCUAAAGGCGAGCCAGGAGAGAGAGGAGAAAAAGGGAAAACUGGAGAAGCGGGACCCAAGGGAGAUCCUGGAUCCAGGGGGCAGCCCGGGGCAGAUGGUGAUAUCGGACCCAAGGGUGACCGUGGUGACAAAGGAGAAACAGGUGCGAAAGGCGACCCCGGCGAGAAAGGAGAACGUGGAGAACGUGGUGAGACUGGUGAAAAAGGUGAAAGAGGGCCUCAAGGCCAACAGAAUGAGACAGGAGCUUCCGGACCACCAGCCUCGGUUGGCUCUACGAACUCUACUGGAACAGAUGAAACGCAGGAUAAUCAAAAAAUCAAACUCGGGGCCUAGGGAUGUCGCCGUCGGUGAUCUUGUUUUCACUGUCACCUGUGAUGAGGCGAUGGAAGAGAAUCGAGUCACCAUCAACACCAGGAGUAUUGAAGAGGCGAUGAUUAUUUGCGCCGCCUGGCCUGAUUGCCAUCAAGUCAGCACGUUGCCAGAAGGAAACGUGGAGGGCUCCAAAAGUAAAAAGCUGAAGGAAGCACUCUACAAGGUCAAGGGAGGAGCCAAUGCGAAGUUGAAGAGCACUCGGCCAUCCACCAAUGUUUCAGAUGAGGUGCAGGCAGUUUACGGCCGCGGGUGUCCCAAGAUCGAUCAACACACAGUGACCUUCGGACCUAACACGUUUAAGAUCACCUGUGCGCAAGAAGCCCCCGUGUUCCAGGAAUUGCGUGGAACAAGGACCGGGGACGAACCGGUGGACUGUAUCGCACUUUGUGCAUCAGAGCCCGACUGCCAAGCUAUUACGCAGGUCAAGAAGGAUGGUGUGAGCAAAUGCGUCAUGAUCUCUAAGAUUACUGGUGAUCUACAAUCUGGAGGCGGAUACUUUGUGGCCCAGAGGGUUCGAUGA